AGGCAAGACAUCAAUGGCCCAGAUAAGAGGAGAUGAACCGUUCUCUUUCUGGUUGACAAGCGGGCGAUGUUUACUGAAGACCAUGAGAGCUAAACCAGGACUUUGGUUCCCAUAUUGAGAGUGAAUUUAAAGAUAAUUGUCUGGAGAAAGCUUUCAGCUCAUUGGUUUCAGGCAUACCGACACAAAGCAUAAAAAUUCUGAUCAAGGCAGAGAUGCAGGCUGCGAGGAACCUCUUCAUCCCCAUCUGUUUCAGUUUGGUGGUGUCCAUCGGAUACUGCCGUUGCAAGACGUUAGCCAGCGCGGUUGCGAAGGAGGAGGCGGAGGACUUCUUCCACAGCGCUGAGGAAGACCUCUCUGUGGAGGAGGACGAGGACAAACAGGAGAGACAGGGGAUCUUCCCCGAGGGCAUGAAGGAGGAGUUCCUCCGCAAGCUGAACCUGUCUGGAGUCCCCCAGGAGCACAGCAGGAUAGACCCUCCGCAGUUCAUGAUCGAGCUGUACAACAGAUACGCCACCGACAAGUCAUCCAUGCCUCGAUCGGACGUGAUCCGCAGCUUCCUCCUCCAAGAGAUCACACACUCUGAAAAAAGUGACUACAUGUCAAAGCACAGACUGCUUUUCAAUGUUUCCAUUCCUGCCCAUGAGGAGGUCACCAUGGCGGAACUAAGGUUAUUCACCCUCCCCGAAGAGAGGUCCACAGUCGCAGCUCAGGCAACGAUAAAAGUAUACGCAGUGGAGUACAAUGAGGCCGAGCUGACGCUCCGCUUCCUCAGCAGCGAGAACACGGAGGGGACCCACCGCUCCUGGGAGGCGUUCGACAUCACCGACACCGUGCAAGACUGGCUGCGGUCAGGCCGUGGGGCCAACGAGCUGGAGGUGCACGUGGAGCGGAGGGGCUGCAGGGCCGUCGUCGGCACGGGGCUGGACAUCAGCCUCAGCCUGAAGGGCAACAGCUCGGCGGCCCUCGUCGUGUUCUCGGACGACCUGGGCAGCCGAAAGAAAGAGGCCGCGCAGGAGCUCCGGGACAUGAUGGCCCACGAGGAGGAGGGGGCCUUCCUGGAGGCGGAAGUGCAAGCUGGGGGCGGCGGCAGCGACGGCAACGACAUCCCGGCCGACAUCCUCGCCGGCUUCCCGCUGGACAUCCACCUGAGGCAACGACGGCAGGUGCGCAAGGACUACUGCCGGAGGACCUCGCUCCGCGUCAACUUCAAAGACAUCGGCUGGGACAAAUGGAUCGUGGCGCCAAAGGAGUACGACGCUUUCGAGUGCAGGGGCGUGUGCUACUUCCCGUUGACCGAUGACCUCACCCCGUCCAAGCACGCCGUGAUCCAAACGCUGGUUAACCUCAGGAACCCAAAAAAAGCCAACAAGGCGUGUUGCGUCCCAACCAAACUGGACCCAAUUACUGUCCUGUAUCGAGAGAAGGACGUAAUCACCGUGCGGCAAAUGUAUGAAGAGAUGCAAGUUGCGGAGUGCGGAUGUAGGUAGUGAGGUAACAUUUGAGCGGUCCCUAUUUAUCCUGUAAAUCUGUACAUUCCUGGAUUAAGUAGUAAUUCUUUAUUUAAUGUAUGUACAGUCUUAGACGCACAAAUAAGUGUAAAUACUGAACUGGUCUUAGGCAUAAUAUGCAAUUGUAGAUAUUACUAUGGGAAAUCAAAUAUGUUUUUAUGGGGGGCCAAGAGGUGGAUGAUGGGGUUAUUAAUGUAGCACUUGCAUUUCGGUCUUUAUUUGGAAUAAUGACCAACUUGGUGGAGGAAAUAGCUAUGCAUUAUGUAAAGAAUUCUGGUUUCAUGAUUUUCACAUGUAUGUCCAGUUAUGUAAACACUGAAAUUGUAUUACUGCAAUUCAGGGAUAUGUUAUGAAACUAUUUCUGAUGAUGGCGAAUAACCAGCUUUUUGUUUUUUUGUUUUUUUGUUUUUUUUUUCAUUUCUUUGGAUUGUUGGUUUAGACUCAUUCUGUACCUAGACCCUGAGAAAAUUAGAAUUGAAUGUAGGAAUACUUAAAAUACUCUGGGUAGCUUUGCAUCAGCUAAUAAUACGUGAGCAUAAAUAAUGUAUGCAUACUGUACAGCAACCAAUGUAGCAGUAGGGUUUCAGUUAAACAUUUUAAAUACUUUUUCAUGCUUUUGUUGGAAAGUUAACUCUCAGAAAAUACUGAUGCUAAGAUAGUAUGAAUGGAUGAAUCAUUGCAUUGAUAUAUCACUGUACAGUGAUUGGUGGGAACUCACUUCACCCACCACCAAUGUGUAGCACCCACCUGGAGGAUGCACGGCAGCCAUUUUGCACCAGAACGCUCACCACACAUUAAGGUGGAGAGGGAGAGACCAUUUUUAGCCAAUUAAAUUGCAUUUGAGUAUCACAGUCUAUUUUAUUAACCAUUAUUUUUCAGCCAACAUGAGAAGUACGAUCAAGUACGGCCAGGAACACAAAAUCCUCUGGCAGUGACCAUUAACAAAUUGUAACAUUUGAUGUAUGCCAAUAUGUGUAAACAUUCUCAUAUUCGAUCAAAGUAUGUCUGCUGGGUCAAAAAUUGAAAAUUGAAAAUUGUAUUCUCUUCAUUUUAAAAAGGGUGAUGUAUAUAAUAUUUAUGUUACAGAGAAUAUAAUUUUCAUGUUGCAAAGCACAGCAGUAAAGGCACUUUUCAUUUUUGAUUGAAAAUAACAUUUUCAUUAUGCAUUUUGCUUUAUCGUGAAAAAUCAAUAUACUGUAUAUUUAUCAGUUUUUUUCAUUAAGGAAAUUUCUUGUUGAUUAAUCACUUGAUUUAAAUAAAAUUACUUUCUGAAGAGUGACAAUGUCAUUAAGGGUUACACAGUCAACAGGGUUUGAUUAAGAGGUCUUUGCUUCUCAAUGACCUGCCGGUUAUUGGCUAACUAAAAACACUAAAUAUGACAACUACUCUUCCGUUGUAUAAAUUAAAACUAAAAGAGCUCUUCAAAACACAAUGUACUUUCCAAGUAUUCUCUGGAACUAGGGGUUACAUAGAUGACAUGCUGCCAACUGGAAUAAAAUCAAAUAGCGUAGCUGUUUGAUUUCAUUCCAACUGGCAGUCUGUCAUUUGCCCUAGCAUUUGUUUGCGUGAACAAUUUAGUCUGUUUGACUGUCAGCAUGUUUGGUAACAUAUUGAUCAUUUUUCCCUGGGUGAUUCUUGCAAGUGUGAACCAUUUUAUCUUCAAGGUUCUGCUACAUAGCAUAAACAUACCAAGCAAUUCAGAGUGACUAAAUGAUGCACUGCCCAAAACAUACCCCUGGUGUUUGUGUAAUGUAUAUUAUAUUGUUCUAUUGAAUUUUAAAUGGUUUAAACCUGCUUCUGAUGUACAAAUGUGAAUACAAUAAUUCAAAUGAGAUGUGCACUCACUGAAUUUUUUUUACAAUUCCUCCCCAGCAGGAAUCUGAUGGACCAUGUUUUGAAUACUAUAAUGUCUCAAUCCUGAUGUUGCAUAAUCAUAUUUGAAAUAUGUGAUUACACCAUGGUAUAAAAUUAAUUUUAAGACCAUUGCAAAGUGGUAUUAUCAGAUAAUGUCUUUUAACCAUAAAUAAAAGUUCCAAA